AGCGGAUGUGAGCGAGAAAAAAUCGGAAGAUAACAGAGCGGACACAAUUAUAAUAGCAGUGAAUGGUACGAUACAAUAGAGUGAUGGCAGAUGACCCCGCCCUGCUCCCACAUGAUGUUGACACUGACAGACAGAGGUUCCCUCAUGCUGUGGUCUGGACUCCGCUCCCCCUCCUCAGCUGGCUGUUCCCCCUGAUCGGGCACACUGGUAUCUGCACUACAGAGGGUGUUAUCAACGACUUUGCGGGUCCCUACACCGUCACUGUGGACAACAUGGCCUUUGGUGACACCACUAAGUACUGGCAGUUAGAUCUUAGUAAGGUGGGAGACGUGGAGUGGGAUGAGGCUGUGACAAAGGCUUCUCAGGAGUAUCGCAACAGGAUGCACAAUAUAUGUUGUGACAACUGUCACUCGCAUGUAGCAUACGCUAUGAACCUGAUGAAGUACGAUGGGAAAAGUAACUGGAAUAUGGUUCACAUUGCUAUCUAUCUGCUCAUUUACGGAAAAUAUACUGGAUUCGGUGGAUUUUUGAAGACUUGGUUACCUUUUAUUUUGGUGGUUGCCGUGAUUCUGAUUGUUAUCUUUGUGUUUUGAAGAGUUUGUCUUGACCCAAAAAAAGAGGAAUCCAACGAGAGGGAUGAAUGUUAUGUCGUAUGAUAUUUUUACCUUGACUAGAAUUUGGGUAAAAGUAGGUGGUAAAUAUAUGAAAGUUGGAGUAGAUCGAAUAUAUUUAUCUCUUAAUAGAAUUUAGCUCGCUAUCAUAAUUCUAGUAUAAUGGUUCUUAAAUCUUUAAAUCUGGGUCCUCACUCCUCGAUUUUGAUUUCGUUUAAACUUGUUUAUUAUAUAGUUAACAUAAUACAAUUAUGCUUAUUAUAUUCUACUAGUAUAGUUAAAUGUUACUUUCAGAUAGAUUUUUUGUAAUAUAAUCAAAUAUACAUAACAAACUUACUCAGUCACUUACUGUGAUGCUAAAACCUUAACAAGAGAUAUAAUAAAACACUUACUCUCUAGUGAUUUUUAUUUGAUAUUAUUAUUUGAAUUCGAAGUUGUAAAUUAUACGUAGUAUUCGAAUUAAAAAAUGCUCGGGAAAAGAGAGCAGUUUCAGAAGUUUAGGUUAAACAUUUAACAGUUCUUGCUUUUGAAUUUAUCUGCUGUUAUCAUUUGAAAUUGAAUUUCGUAACGA